GGAUACCCCCUGGCUGGGCUUCAUGGAGAAUUCUUCACUGAUCACUAACCUGAAUCCCAGAACAGACCCCCUCUUUCCCUGGACAGAAUGAAAGGCCUUCCGUAGCCAGGCAUAGCUGGCCAUCAUGGGGAAAUUGAUCAGAAUGGGGGCACGGGAGAGGCGGUUACUCCGGCCAAAGCGGCUUCAUUGGAGUCGCCUCCUCUUCCUGUUGGGAAUGUUGGUCAUCGGUUCCACCUACCAGCACCUGAGGAGCCCCCGGGGCCUCCCCUCAUUGUGGGCAGCAGUCUCCUCCCAACAUUCUGUAAAACUGGCCAGCCGUGACCUCCCUGACAAUGAGAUGAUGAUGGUGAGCAGUGACCCUCCAAGAGCUAGCUCUGAAAUGGAGGUGCCCCAAGCCACGGUGGGCAGGGUUCGUGAAGCAACACCUGGGAUAACAAUGAAGAAUACACACAAUCCACCCAGAAGAACAGCCAACAUCACUCCAACAAUACCCAAGAUUAAGUACACAGCAGGAGACAUAGAAAGAGUGAAGGGAGACAGCACAACCAUACCCAGUGGAGUACUGAGUCACUACACCCCAACUUCAAACAGACCAACAGUGAAGAAUUACACCCCAACACCACCACCCAGGGGAGAAAUGCAGAGCUACAAUCCAAUUCAAGCCAAGGGAAAGGUGAAGAAAUACACCCCAUCUCCACUUGGUAGGCUAGUAGGCAAUUAUGCCCCAUCCACACUCAUGACAAUGACAAGGAGACAUGGGGUCACCCCCAGAACAACAGUGAAAGACAGUGAAAUUAUGACAACCACCAAAAUAUUGGAGACUAACCCCUCUAAGAGAAUGGUGGAGGAAACCACCCCAGCUACUCUCAAGGGAAUAAUUAACACCCCAACUUUCCAGAUAAGUGGUAUAGAAACAAACAUCCUGACUUCUCCAAGGAGUAUAACGGAAAAGAACACUGUGACUACCCCCAGAACAGUGGACAGUAAGAGCCUGAUCAAGCCGCGGGGGUUAGUGGGAAAGAACAGGCUGACAACUUCUCUGGGAACGGUCCUUGAGCACACCACAGCCAUCUCUGAGGGGCAAGUGAUGAUAAGCACCAUGACAGGCAGUAGCCCAAAGGAAAUCAAAGCCUCUACUGCUACCUGGAGUGUUAAUGAUCCUUUGUCUAGGACCAGUGCAUUGACCAUGGGAAUAUCCUCAGCUACCUACAGGGGGCUGGCAAAGAAACCUUCCAUAGCACCCAGGACCUCAUCAACCUCCAAGGUCAGGGUGAAUCCAAAGAUCCAUGUGCAUCACUGUGUUUUUGUGGAGCCAGCCCCGGCUGUGCCCCCUGCUUCCUCCCCCAACCUGACAACAGCUGCGAUCCCAGAGGCACCCAGUUCCAGUCCCUCAGAGCUGCCCCCUGGCUGGCCAGACCUUCACUCCAAGGCAGAGUACCCCCCAGACUUGUUCAGCAUAGAGGAGCGGCGACAGGGCUGGGUGGUGCUGCACAUCUUUGGCAUGAUGUAUGUGUUUGUGGCCUUGGCCAUCGUGUGUGAUGAGUACUUCGUCCCAGCCCUGGGUGUCAUCACAGAUAAGCUACAGAUCUCUGAUGAUGUGGCAGGUGCCACCUUCAUGGCUGCUGGAGGCUCUGCCCCCGAGCUCUUCACCUCCCUCAUCGGCGUCUUCAUCUCCCACAGCAAUGUGGGCAUUGGUACCAUCGUGGGCUCUGCUGUGUUCAACAUCCUCUUUGUCAUCGGCACCUGUGCCCUCUUCUCCCGGGAGAUCCUCAAUCUCACAUGGUGGCCCUUGUUCCGUGACGUCUCCUUUUACAUCCUUGACCUGAUGAUGCUCAUUCUCUUCUUCCUGGACAGCCUCAUUGCCUGGUGGGAAAGCCUGCUGCUGCUGCUGGCCUAUGCCUUCUAUGUGUUCACCAUGAAGUGGAAUAAACAACUAGAGAUAUGGGUGAAGGAGCAGCUCAGCAGGAGGCCAGUGGCCAAGGUCAUGGCCUUGGGGGACCUCAGCAAGCUCCCAGCAAUGCUGACCCGAGGGAGCAGCUCGACCUCUCUGCACAACAGCACCAUCCGCAGCACCAUCUACCGGCUCAUGCUUCACAGCUUGGACCCUCUGGGAGAAGCCCAUCCCUCCAAGGAUAAGGAGGAGGAGAGCUUGAAUCAGGAGACCAAAGCCAAGCCUCAUGCUAAUGCAGAGAACAAACCAGAGGAGGAGGAGUCAGCCAAGCUUCCUGCGGUCACGGUCACACCAGCCCCUGCUCCAGAUGUUGAGGGAGAUCAGGAGGAAGAUCCUGGCAGUCAGGUAGAUGUGGCUGGAGCUGAGAGCACAGGUGAAAUAGUAGCUGAAGAGGGUGAAGCUCCUGGUGAAGGCAAAAAUGGAGAGCAAGGUGGAGGUGAGACUCAACUGGAAGGUGAAGGUGAAAUUGAAGCAGAAGGAGAAGAAGGUGAACAUGGCAGUGAACUCCAAGCAGAAGAUGAGGACAUGAAAGCUGAUGAAGGUGGAGGUGAAGGUGAACUCCAAGCAGAAGAAGGUGAAAUGAAAGCUGAUGAAGGUGAAAAUGAAGAGCAGGAAUUCAAUGCUGAGAGUCAAGGUGAAGCCAAAAGUGACGAGAAAGGUACAGAUGGUGAAGGGGGAGGUGAUGGAGGUGACAGUAAAGAUGAAGAGGAGGACGAAGAGGAAGAGGAGGACGAUGAGGAAGACGAGGACGAUGAGGAAGACGAGGACGAUGAGGAAGAAGAGGAAGCAAAUGAGGAGCCUUUGUCCCUGGAGUGGCCCGACACCAGGCAGAAGCAAGCCAUUUACCUCUUCCUCCUGCCCAUUGUGUUCCCACUGUGGUUGACGGUGCCUGAUGUCCGGAGGCUGGAGUCUAGGAAGUUUUUUGUUAUCACCUUCCUGGGAUCCAUCGUGUGGAUAGCCAUUUUCUCAUACCUCAUGGUCUGGUGGGCUCACCAGGUUGGUGAAACAAUAGGGAUUUCAGAAGAGAUCAUGGGUUUGACGAUCCUAGCAGCAGGCACGUCCAUUCCUGACCUCAUCACCAGUGUGAUUGUCGCUCGGAAAGGCCUGGGAGACAUGGCUGUGUCCAGCUCUGUGGGCAGUAACAUAUUUGAUAUCACCGUGGGCCUGCCUGUCCCUUGGUUGCUGUUCUCUCUUAUCAAUGGAUUACAGCCUGUUCCAGUCAGCAGCAACGGCUUGUUUUGUGCAAUUGUUUUGCUUUUUCUCAUGCUCCUGUUUGUGAUCUCUUCAAUUGCAUCAUGCAAAUGGAGAAUGAACAAGAUCCUGGGCUUCACAAUGUUCCUCCUUUACUUUGUAUUCCUGAUAAUCAGUGUGAUGUUAGAAGAUCGAAUCAUUUCCUGUCCUGUAUCUGUCUGA